CAUGUCUCACCAUUGGGGAUACACUCAGGAAAAUGGUCCCGAUAAGUGGUUCGAAGAAUUCCCUCAGGCCAAGGGCACUCGCCAGUCCCCAGUUGACAUUGAUACUGCCGUCUGUAAAAAGGGUAGCGAUUUGAAAGUUGCUCCCCUCAAGUGGAAAUAUGUUCCCGAACAUACCAAGAGUUUGGUUAACCCUGGCUAUUGCUGGCGUGUCGAUGUUAAUGGUACAGAAUCGGAACUGACCGGUGGUCCAUUGGGUGAUAAUAUCUAUAAAUUGGAACAAUUCCAUUGUCAUUGGGGUUGUAAUGAUAGCAAGGGUUCAGAACACACUGUUGAUGGAGUUUCCUAUGCUGGAGAAUUGCAUUUGGUCCAUUGGAAUACAACGAAAUAUAGUUCGUUUAAUGAAGCUGCUGCCCAGCCUGAUGGUUUGGCGGUGUUGGGUGUUUUCUUGCAGCCUGGUCUCCAUCAUCCCGAGUUCGAUAGAAUUUCCAGCCUCUUGCAAUUUAUCAAACACAAGGGUGACCGUGUCACCCUACCCAAUGGCUGUGAUCCAGCCAAGUUAUUGCCCAGCACCACCACCUAUUGGACCUAUGAAGGUUCCCUAACCACUCCACCCUGUUCGGAAUGUGUCAUUUGGAUUGUCUUCAAGACCCCCAUUGAAGUGUCCCACGAUCAGCUGGAAGCUAUGCGUGAUUUGAAUUGUUAUGAUGUGAAGGAAGAUUGCCCCUGCAAUGAAUUUAACGGCAAGGUCAUUAAUAAUUUCCGUCCUCCUCUACCAUUGGCCAAUCGUGAAUUGCGUGAAUUUGGUGAACAUUAAUUUU